AUGCCGCUGGAAGAGCUGAAACGAUACGCGUCACAAGUCAAAAAACUCUGCGACAAGGAAAAAUAUGGCGAUGCCGGUCAGCUACUCAAUGCGUUGAAGGAAGAAAAAAUCACAAAAGAACUGCUCGAAAGCUCGAAAAUCGGUCAUGUCGUCAAUGCACUGAGAAAGGGGGCACAAAAUGCUGGACACACGGAAAUCGCUGCUCAAUCGAAAUCUCUGAUCAAACAAUGGAAAGCGCAAAUGGCUCAAAACGCGGACAAUGGGGGAACGCCGAAAGUACAGAAGACAGAGAGCAGCUCACAGAAACGCGAAAAAGAAAAGGAAAAGCUGCCUGUCGCGAAUGAUUCUUCUCCAAAUCUCGGCGCUUCUAUUCAACCCACUUCGGAUCCGAGCAGAAACAAAUGCAGAGAACUUCUUCAAAAAGCCCUUAUGGUUGAUAAGGAUAAAUACCAACCGCAGUUUGUUAGCCUAAUGGCCGCUAAAAUUGAAGAGGCAAUCUUCACCUUCCACGGCUGUUCAAGCUCAGACACGAAGUACCGAAACAAAAUCCGAUCUCGCUACUCCAACCUCAAAGAUGCCAAAAACCCGGAGCUGCGCGACUCGGUCAUGAGCGGCAUCAUCUCCGCCGAAAAACUAGCCAGCAUGAAGCCAGAAGAAAUGGCGUCAAAGCAACUUCAAGAGUUGAGGAAGAAAUUUACUAAAGAAGCGAUUAAUGACCACCAAAUGGCGCAGAACGAAGGCACAAAGACAGAUAUGUUUACUUGUGGAAAGUGCAAGGGCAAAGAAUGCACAUACACCCAGCUCCAAACCCGAUCUGCCGAUGAGCCGAUGACGACCUUCGUUUACUGUAUGAGCUGUGAAAAUGGGCGGAAAGGAUCCGCAAGAUCUGUUCAAGCUUCAAGAAAAAUCGGCAAAGGCAGCUUUGGCGAAGUUUGGAAAGCACAAGAGAUCAAAACGAAGAAAAUCGUCGCUGUAAAAAUCAUCGACCUCGAAAAGUCAGACGAUGAAAUUGAUGAUAUUCAACAGGAAAUCGCGAUGCUUUCUGAAUGUUCCUCGCCCUAUGUAACUAAAUACUACGGUUCCUAUUUGAACUCAAAGGAACUUUGGAUCGUUAUGGAGCUGUUGACUGGCGGAUCGGCGAAUGAUCUGCUCAAAAUGGGUAAGCUCGAUGAGGUCUACAUCGCUGUUAUCCUCCGCGAAGUCUGCAGAGCACUCGAUUAUCUUCAUUCAAAGGAGCGCAAAAUUCACAGAGACAUAAAAGCCGCCAACGUCCUGCUCACGGACUCUGGUGACGUCAAACUGGCCGAUUUCGGUGUCGCUGCGCAAAUUUCAGAAACGACGAUGAAAAGAAAUACGUUUGUAGGAACGCCGUUUUGGAUGGCACCGGAAGUUAUUAAACAGUCCGCCUAUGAUUAUCAAGCUGAUAUUUGGUCCCUAGGAAUAACUGCCAUAGAACUCGCCAAAGGCGAGCCUCCCAAGUCCGACCAACACCCGAUGAAAGCUUUGAUGAGCAUUCCAAAUGAUGCCGCUCCAGAACUCGACGGUGAUUUCAGCCGAGAUUUUAAACAGUUUGUUGCCAGUUGCUUGAACAAAGAACCUCAAAACCGCCCAUCACCAAAAGACCUUCUCAAAAUGAAAUUCCUCAAAAACGCGAAAAAGAACUCGAUUCUUCAAGAGCCAAUUAACAAGUUCAAAAAGUGGAAGAAACGCAAUCCGACGGAAGAGGACGUAGAAAAUGAGCUUGAUGCCACAAUCAAGUUGAUACCUAACUGGGACUUCGACACGGUCAAACCUGCCAAAACUCGUCCUGAAGCGUCGUUCAUUCAAAGACAGCCAUCUCCCAAAGAAGAUCGCCGUCACGCAAGCCCAACUCGCGCGGUCAGUCCCCUCGCUCCCGCGCAGCCUGUUCCCGCUCAACCUUCCCAACCCGCUCCGACAAGGCCACAAUCUCACACUUCCGCGCUGGACGAAGUGCGAAUCAGUCUACUCAAGCUGGAGGAAAUCCGCCCAGGAAUCACAGACAAGCUUGUAGCCGAACUAACACAACUCGUCCGCGACCCCUAUUCUGUUAAUAACUAA